AUGGGCACGUGGAGUAAGAUUGAAACGGCGGCGCAUAGUGUGAGCGGCAGGUUCACGGACUGGGCCCGGAGAUUCUCAAUGGAUGUAGUAGUGAUUGGGCCAGCAAAUCGGAGUAAAUAUGUUUGGGCUUGGGCCGCGAUUGACUCGUCCUGGCCACAUAAGAGGAGGAUCCGUUUCACGUUGAGCCACAAUAAGGAAAUUGGGAAGGAGGUUAGGAGGAGCAUUAGCACGGUUCUUUGGAGGGUGAGGCCGAGGAGGGUGUACUUUUGGGCCCCAAAGGCUUGGCCGCAAAUGGGCUCCAUGCCCAUGGCAAGGCCCGAGAGGAUGGAGUAG